CUCUUCUUCCUCGUCACUCAAAAAGCCAGAGAAAUUAGGGUGCGAGUGUUUCUCUUACCUCCGUCGCCCGCCUCUCAGAAACCAUAGCUUUCUCCAAUGGAGGCAUAUACAGAACAUGACCCUUUAUCACCCUCAAAAUCUACUUCCAAGAAAACCAAGAAGAGGAAGAGAGAGAAGCAGCACAAAGAAGCAGGAGUAGAAGAACCGGCGGAGCUCCAAGAAACAGUGGAAACCGUCAAAGCAAAAGUCCAAGUCAUCCCUGACGAUCCCAACAAGAUCGCUCCGAUAGUCUCCUAUUUCUCAUCUGGGUAUGACCCCUGCAAGAACAGGAACAGCCCACCGAGUGUCAAGGUUUUCAGGAACAAGUCUGAGAGAAAGGCUAACAGGCUGCAGGUUGUGGUUAAACCGAGUGAUUCAAAUGUGGAGUUUGCGGGGACCAAUUAUGCUGGUGAGGCAGCCGCCGCUCAGCUGUGCAGGUACUCACUUGGUGUUCUUGAUAAGGAGACACAGACUUUGAAGAUCAUUCCCAUUGCUGCUAAUAAGAUUUUUAGAUUGGAACCAAAAGUCAGGACAUCAGAUUGCUCUGACAAGAAAGCCUCGAGUUCAGCAAAAUCGGAACUGUCAAGAGCAGACAAAGAAGAGAAAAUGAAUGAGCUUACUAGUCUUUAUGGAAGCAAGAAGUCUAUAAAGCGGGACAAGAUAAGGAAAGAGUUGAACAAGGAAGUUGAUCCUGCAUCACAGAAGACUCUUGAGGAGAGGAUGAAGGAAGUUUCCAUUGAUAAAGUGGCUCUAGAAAGUACCAGUGCACAUGUUGCUCGUAAUAUCCCACCUCAUGACUUGUCUGCCGCUACACCCCAGGAGGCUUAUCCACUUGACAAGAUCAUCCUUAGAGGAGAAUGGGAAUUCCUUGAAGACAUCUAUAAGCUUUUGCAAGAAGGUGCAGAAGUUUCAACUGACACAUAUCCAACUUUUGUCAGCAACAGACUCCAUAAGUUGCAGGAUAUUCAGGAUGAAGUGGAGCAGAAGACACUUUGCUCUGUUUUCUCAUUUAUUAAUCAUCUGAUAAAAUUUAAUGAUCAGUUUUCCAUGGAUCGAUUCUCUUCAGCAAAGCACCAUAAAAUCCCACCCAUUCUUCGCCGAAAGUUUACAACCUUGUUUGCUGAUUCAGAGUCGAAAAGACUAACAGCUGAUCAAAUUAAUCUUCUCACCAGUUAUGUCUUGGUGCUCACUUUACAUGCUGAUGGAUUCCGGACUGACCCAUCAGAUAUAGCAAAAGAUCUAAGAACAAGUCCAGUAGACUUGAGACGACAUUUUGAGAACUUGGGGUGCAAAUUCUCUCGCGAGAAAGGCACGUUAUUGGCUACCCUGCCUGUUCCCAUCCAAUUUCCAAUCGCUGAGAAGCGGCGGAGAAGGCGUUGAUUAACUACUGUGGUUGCUUGUCCUUUUGAGGUGGGGCUCCAAGACAACUUUGCCUUAUAAUGCUUUCCUCCGAGCCACCUUAACUAUCAUAUUAUUUACUUAAUAUCUAUGGGGAUGGAGUUUUGAAGCAAUGAUUAUACUGCUUUUUGGUAAUAUGUUGACGGUAGACACAUUAUCUUUCUAGUAGUAAAAUCUUGCAAGAAACUGGUUUUGAAUGA